AUAGGUCUAAAUUUGCGGGACUUCACCUACAAUGGUGACGUCUCAUUAUGAGUGAAAAAUUCUCGACGGGAUAUAUAGAAUAAACGAGCAACUCCAGUGGUUACAGUUUCACUCAACAACAUAUCUAUCAAAAGUUUUCAUUCUGCCCAUGAAUUUAUUAGAAAAAGUGUUGAAGCACUUCCUUACGGGCAAGCACUUCUAUCCAACAAUUAAUGAACUUUUCAGAAAGUUCCAUAACCUGCUCUGAAUAAUAAUGAUACAUUUAAAAUGCAUUGUUUGCCAUUGACAUAGAUCUGCCAGCACCCCAGCUAGAUCGAUGAGAUUUAUUAUUUACAAAGCAGAUUUUCGAUAAAGCGUUUAAAAGUAAGAGCGAUAAAACAGUUUUCCUAAUCUAUCCUGUGUAUAUACCUUGACUGCGAGUUUAUGGUGUAUAAGUUGUGUGGCAGACUGGGAAGUAUGCAUGAACAAUAGCAGUCACCAGGGACACCGCAAACACAGCGUAGAACGGAAGUGAACUUGUGUGUAUUAGCAGUACUGGGGUGUUGGAAUAUCAUAUGGGAUAUCGGUCUGUUUAGGACACGACAAUGGCCGCAGCAAAACCCGCACCCACGGGACGGGCGCUUGCUGGGUGCAAUUUUGUUGCCCAGGAUCAAAUUUGGAAAGACCAUGUUCACCACGAAGAGGUAGCGUCUAAAUCUUGGCCAAACCAGUGGGGAUUUCUUACGACCAAAUAUGAAGAUCUUGUAAAAGAUGACUAUCCUAAGAAAGAUCAAUCGGAGAAAGCCGAUUUAAAGAGCCUCAUGCAAGUGAAACCAGUCACACCCAUUGAGGAAUAUAUUCAAGUAGACCCCUCCCCAAAACCAGUUCCUAAGACAACUGCCCAAGCCAUAGGAUGGCGGUCUGCUGAGAAGAACCUCCAGUUAGAGAAAUAUGGCAAAUAUGCAAAACCCAAAGGAGGGCUUGUUAAACAAUUAAAUUGGCCCAUGGAGGGAAUUAUAUAAUGUUUGAGGAUUUUCUAGCAGUUUUAUUUUAACACUGAGGAACUUGCUCAUAAGUAUGAAAACAGUAUUAUUUAUGUCUGCAUUGUCUGUGGUGCAUUUUAUGAGUGCUGUAAAGAUAUCUGUGUUUAAUUUUCUUUGAGUCAGCAUUUCCAGAUUUUUUCCCAAGCAUUCAAAAGUAUCUACUGGAGGCAUAGUGAAUAAAAAAUGUUCUAUAACAAUAUUCAUUAUAUAUACUUUGUGCAUAUAGAAUACUAACAAAUGAGAAAGGCUGAGGGAAAAAAAGUUGCCGAAAAAAGUAAAAAAAUUUGUGAUAACAAAUCAGAGAAUAAUAUGUGCAUCUUAAUUUUACUUGUAAACACGCAAUUUGAUUGGUUCAUUUGACUGUAGCAAUAGUCUUUAUAAUCAUAAAGAAUAUUGAACAAAGUUGCCAUUUAGUUCCGUUAUGACGUCACAAUCCGUUUGAGUGACUGUUCUGUUUCCAUUUUGUUGCUAUGGCAAUAUUGAUCCACGUCAUAUAAAAUUUAUGUUUUCUUUAAAAUUAUUUUUAAAAAAAAUAUUAAAAAAUGGGAUUUACUAAAUUAAAUUAUAAGGAAUGAAAGUAAUUUUUACUCAUUUCAUAGAUAUAAAGUAAGUUCGGGCAAAUUAUACAUUAUAAACCACAUAUAAAAUUAGCAAAAAUUACUUACAAUACAUAAAUGAAUGUUUCCACCUUGGAAUUACCUUGUUACACAUGUAAUUCCAUAAAUAAUGUGUAUUUGGUUAUCCACACACUAGUAUCAGCCAUGCAUGUAUAAAAGAAGAUUUGGGAAAAUAUUUGAUAAGAAUUUUACCAACAGUCUUGUGAAUGGAAAUGCAGUACUACAGAAUGAGUAUUAUGCAGUGCAGUGAAUCUUUUUUGCUGUUUUUCAGGAGAUUUAAUUUGUAGUAUAGAUAGAUAGGCAAUUUUUGUUAUCCCUCCCACUUUACGCAUUUUUUUUCUUGAAUGUUGGAUGAAUAAUGCACAGUCUUUCAUACUGGGUAGUUUUAUAGUUAUCAAAUGGUUGCUUUAUUAUGAAACCUACAGUCUCCUGUUCACAUUGUAUUACCAAUGCAUUAGUAAGCACUCAUGCAUGCUCUUUGUACUCUGAACAUUGUUCUUUAUCAGAAAAAAUAAAAAUAAAUGCAUGUAUACAA